UGCUGUAGUCGACUGCGAACAGCGAAGUGAUGCUCUCACCGGGUGAACGGGACCGUUUUAUGGGCCCCGCAAGCGGAUUCCCUUUCCCCGUGCAGGCCAGGCGAGCUUCGCUUCCCCCUCCACAAUACCUCGCGGCACACGUGGGACCUUGCACCCCUAUAAGUAUCGCCCUGCAGGGCAGCUGGACUAUUCUUGUCUCGUUUCUCGGAACGUCACGUACAUUCUCUACCGUAAUGGCUCGUACCAAGCAGACCGCUCGCAAGUCCACGGGAGGCAAGGCCCCGCGCAAGCAGCUGGCGACCAAGGCCGCUCGCAAGAGCGCCCCGGCCACCGGCGGAGUGAAGAAGCCACAUCGCUACAGGCCCGGAACCGUCGCCCUCCGCGAGAUCCGUCGCUAUCAGAAGAGCACGGAGCUGCUCAUCCGCAAGCUGCCCUUCCAGCGCCUCGUGCGUGAGAUCGCCCAGGACUUCAAGACCGACCUGCGCUUCCAGAGCUCGGCUGUGAUGGCCCUGCAGGAGGCCAGCGAGGCCUACCUCGUCGGUCUCUUCGAGGACACCAACCUCUGCGCCAUCCACGCCAAGCGCGUCACCAUCAUGCCCAAGGACAUCCAGCUGGCUAGACGCAUCCGCGGAGAGCGUGCUUAAAUUCUAGCCCUUUCCCUUUCUUUUCAAAAAACAAUCGGCCCUUCUCAGGGCCCCAAAUAUUUUCGACAAGGAACAUUUCUAUAAAUUCUAUAAACUUAUUCAGAGCAAUGCGAAUUUGUUAGAAGUAGGUUGAAAUCGUAGUAUUUAUUUAAGAGACUUUAUUUAAAUAACACAGCCGAGUUCGUACUACAGAGUUAUUACAGAAACUAGUGACAAAAGAGCAAAAUAUAAUUGUGCCACUUUUUAGAGAAUUAAUAAUAAUACACUGAAUAAACUUUAUGUGAACAAAAUAGAGAAAGUUUGUUGUGCCGCUGAUCUGUUGGCUGGUCUGCGGUUCUUGAAGAAGUGAGUGCGCGGUGGUGGCUCGGGUGCAAUAAAACCCAGGUAGCAACCCUCGGACCUCUGCUCCGUUCUUGUACAGCUAUAAGCUGUGUGUGUGCGUAUCGUUGUAUGCGCGAGUAUUUUCUCAACAGAAUUCAUUCGUAUCCCGCGUAGGUUGCAUCCAGACCAUUACACCUCAUUCUUAAUCCUCGUAUCGCAGCACAGAGCUAAUAUAUGUCUCUGAAAAAUUUCGAACGAACACUAUAUCCAUAAAUAAAUUUCGUUUCCUGCGCGCACGUUUCCCCGUCGAAUAUGGCAAAUCGAAUCGCGCAUCCCUGUACGUGACCAAACUCUCCUGUGAACAGUAGUCGCCAAGCGCCAUUCUCUAAUUCGAGUGCGAUUACCCCGCGUGACGCGCGAAGUGACGACACGUGCACAGCGCACAUCGAUAUCCUGCAGGCGGGGCCUUAUAUUCUC